GGUGGGGAGCCCGAGCCUGGCCCGGGCAAUGUAAUCGAGGACUCGGCGCUCUACUGAUCCGGCCCCCGGGAGUGGGCGUGCCCAUUUUCCUCGGGUGGUCUAACAGGCGUCGGAGAGAGCCAAUAGUAUGGCUUCGCAACUCCGCCCCUUCCAUUCGAUUGGCCGGCGCUGGAAAGCCGGGCGUGAGCGGCCGCAGACUCGGUAGUGAGUCGCCGCGGGUCUCUGCCUCACUUGCCCUCCGCGCCUCGCCGCUUUUGGGUUCUUCUGCUCUGUCCGCCGCCAUGGCCCAAGCUGACAUCGCGUUGAUCGGAUUGGCCGUCAUGGGCCAGAACUUAAUUUUGAACAUGAAUGACCACGGCUUUGUGGUCUGUGCUUUUAAUAGGACCGUCUCCAAAGUUGAUGAUUUCUUGGCCAAUGAGGCAAAGGGAACCAAAGUUGUGGGUGCUCAUUCCCUGAAGGAGAUGGUCUCCAAGCUAAAGAAGCCCCGGCGGAUCAUCCUCCUGGUGAAGGCUGGGCAAGCGGUUGAUGAUUUCAUCGAAAAAUUGGUGAGGCCAGCUCUGCCCUCAUCUGCUGCCAUGAUAACAGCUGUUUUUGGUUCCUUCCCUUAUGGGGUUGUUUCCACAGGGAGAAGGAUUUGUAACCAGCCCCACAUCAAGACCAUCUUCCAAGGCAUCGCUGCAAAAGUAGGAACUGGAGAACCCUGCUGUGACUGGGUGGGGGAAGAGGGAGCAGGCCACUUCGUGAAGAUGGUGCACAACGGGAUAGAGUAUGGGGACAUGCAGCUGAUCUGCGAGGCGUACCACCUGAUGAAAGACGUGCUAGGCAUGGCGCAGGAUGAGAUGGCGCAGGCCUUUGAAGAUUGGAACAAGACAGAGCUAGACUCAUUCCUGAUCGAAAUCACAGCCAAUAUUCUCAAGUUCCAAGAUGCUGAUGGCAAACAUCUGCUGCCAAAGAUCAGGGACAGUGCAGGGCAGAAGGGCACGGGGAAGUGGACCGCCAUCUCCGCCCUGGAAUACGGUGUACCCGUCACCCUCAUUGGAGAAGCUGUCUUUGCUCGGUGCUUGUCAUCUCUGAAGGAUGAGAGAAUUCAAGCUAGCAAAAAGCUGAAGGGUCCCCAAAAGUUCCAGUUUGAUGGUGAUAAGAAAUCAUUCCUGGAGGACAUUCGGAAGGCCCUCUACGCUUCCAAGAUCAUCUCUUAUGCUCAAGGCUUUAUGCUGCUGAGGCAGGCAGCCACCGAAUUUGGCUGGACCCUCAAUUAUGGUGGCAUCGCCCUGAUGUGGAGAGGGGGCUGCAUCAUCAGAAGUGUAUUCCUAGGAAAGAUAAAGGAUGCAUUUGAUCGAAACCCAGAACUCCAGAACCUCCUACUGGACGACUUUUUUAAGUCAGCUGUUGAAAACUGCCAGGACUCCUGGCGGCGGGCAGUCAGCACUGGGGUCCAGGCUGGCAUUCCCAUGCCCUGUUUUACCACUGCCCUCUCCUUCUAUGACGGGUACAGACAUGAGAUGCUUCCAGCCAACCUCAUCCAGGCUCAGCGGGAUUACUUUGGGGCCCACACCUAUGAACUCUUGGCCAAACCAGGGCAGUUUAUCCACACCAACUGGACAGGCCACGGUGGCAGUGUGUCAUCCUCGUCAUACAAUGCCUAAUCAUGCUGCUUCUGUCACCCUCCACGAUUCCACAGACCAGGACAUUCCAUGUGCCUCAUGACGUGCCCACAUGGCCCUUUGCCCUAUUUUCUGUUCAGAUCUUUUUUAAAAAAAUGUUGUUUAAGUGACUCCUGAGGAAGGCACAGAGUUUAUUUGUAAAGUAGCUUUGUGAGAGCUGCUGCGCCCUCUGCCCUUGCCUCUUGGGACUGACCAGGAGCUGCUCAUGUGCGUAGAUGUGGGAACCUCCUCCUCACAGCAGUGUCCCCUGUGCUGGUGCAGUUCCCAUCACACAGAUGGGAAGAGUGUCUGUGCACUCUAAGCAACUGGAACUUCUGUAUCAUGUGGCUCAAUUCCCUUUUCCUUUACUCAAUAAAACCGACAUCAGACUGAAGCU